AUGGGCGCGCCAACGAUAUUGGAGAAGCGUCCUCUCUCCCCUCAACCCAGGACACCUGUGGGAGAUGAUCCAGCAAGCUCUCCUGCCAAAAGGCGCCGGGUAAUUACCGCUGAUAAGCACUCUGCUGAAGCAACUGAGAACCCUGAUUCAUCCGCAGUCAUCGCAGAACCCAAUGCUCAGAAACUAGCCGAAACCGUGGCUUUCGUCGAACGGGCAUUUGGCUUGUGGAAAGCAUUCGCGGACGAAAACUCGUCAUUAGAAUGCGAUUGUGCACCCUUGCGUGGCCGAUCCGACUACCGUAUCUGGAGCCGCAAGGUCAAGAUUGUUCUCAAACGGAACUUUGUUCUGGACCUUGUCGAGGGCAACAUUGGCCAGCUACCUCAGUCGCAUCCUUUGGAUAGCGAUCUAGCAAAGCUGAAUGUCACAGCGGCUAUGAUCAUCAAUAAAAACCUGUCUGCACUCACAAAACCGAUUGUCCGCACUAUUACCAACCCCCGAGAGAUGUGGGAGAAGCUUGAGAGACACUGCAAACCUUCAGAUUGGACCUUGGCGCAAACAGGCUGGUUUGAUUUGCAGAGAAUAAAAUAUAGCCGAUGCUCUAAUGUGAGGGAAUAUGUGGACCGGAUAGAUGAUGCGUGGAGGUGCAUCUGUCUUGACAAAGAUGACGCUCUGGAGAAGCAUGAGUUAGCACGUUGCGCUAGUCUUGUGUUUUCUUUGGAUACACCCAGAUGGGAAAGUUGGAAGAUGGGGGUACUUUCUGGCCGCAAAACCAACAUUCCGAGUUGGGCAAGUCUGGUGGAUAGACUAUUGGCAGCGGAGUGA